AUGUCUGGACGUGGAAAGAAACGUGCUGUCAAAGUUGAAGCUGCAGUGAAGAAAACCAGGUCUGCCAGGGCUGGUCUGCAGUUCCCCGUGGGUCGUGUCUACAGGCUCCUCAGCGCUGCCGGGAGCGGUGCCGGUGCUGCCGUCUUCCUGGCUGCAGUCCUGGAGUACCUGACAGCAGAGCUCCUGGAGCUGGCAGGGAAUGCUGCACGGGAAAACAAGAAAACCAGGAUCAUUCCCAGGCAUAUCCAGCUGGCUGUGAGAAAUGAUGAGGAGCUGAACAAGCUCUUCUGCUGUGUGACCAUUGCUCAAGGAGGAGUUAUGCCAAAUAUCCUUUCCCAGCUCCUUCCCAAGAGAAGUACCAAAGAAACUGUUGCUUCUCAGGAACAAGGUGGAAGCCUAUGA